UGUGGUAAAAUUUCUCGUGAAGAAUGACACCAGCAGGUGCAAUGGAAAUAGGGUCGGCACAUUCGCUACAGGACCAGCACGACAUCUACAAUCCGUUACCAACGCCUCCUUGCGAGAAGAAAGCAACGACUAUAAAACGUCUUUCAUACGUUCUGGGAUUUCUUUACUCAUCCUUUUUGAUAAUAUUAGCAGUAAUAGUACUUGUGACAACAGCACUCAGCAACGAUAAAUGGUCUCCUAUAAUAACCAUAUACGUAACAGUAAGCGGUUUGAUAAUAUUGUCUAUAUUAAUCGUGGACGUCAAACUGUUUACCAGAAGAAUACGAAAGCAGGUAGAAGCUUUACGAAAUAAGGAAGAGAAACAAGAACUAGAUUAUCUGAGAGAGUAUGAUGAACACUUACACGAAAAUGGCCGAAACUUGAACAACAGCCAUGAACUAAACGUUUCAAGUGCAUUCAUCUCCCCUGCACCUGAACGUGAGCUGGCCCACAUUGAACACAGCUAUUGCUUCGCAGAGGGCCGACACGCGGGAAGUGUUUACUUAAAAUUGGGUGCUGCCGGUAUGUGUAUAUUGUCCACAGCUUUCGCGUUGGGCCACUUCGUGCACACCGUUUUGCUGGUGGUGACGGUGCACUGGAGCCUCGCCGUCAGCAACGCCCAGUGCAUCAACGUGUCCGAGUACGCCGCCGGCCUCUUGCAGUGCCUCUACUGUUUCCUGCAGUUAUUCUUCAUCUUUAACUACUCCAACUUGAUCAUCGUUAAACACACGAAUAUACUAUGUGUAGCAUUCUUGCACGUGAUGGCAGGAAAUAUUUGCCUUUGGCUGGCAGCAGUUACCACGGAAACGAGACUUGCGUACAGAGCCUACGAAACCCUCCAACUACAAACAAACGAAGUGGCGGGCAAAAGCUAG